GGCUCACACAAAAGUCCUCCUGCUCCCUGCUCUGCCCACAUACCUCAGCAAGGACUCGUGUUUCUGCGUGUGAGCAAGCUCCAACUCCCGAACCGAGAACCAUGAAGGGAAUACAGUGCGUCAAAUAUGUCAUGUUUGCCUUCAAUUUCCUCUUCUGGCUGGCAGGUACAGCAGUGCUGGCCGUGGGACUGUGGCUGCGCUUUGACUCCAGGACCAAAGGACUGUUCGAAGGAGAUGAUUCUCCCUCUGUCUUUUUCACAGGGGUGUACAUCCUGAUCGCUGCCGGGGCCCUGAUGAUGGUCGUGGGAUUCCUCGGGUGCUGUGGAGCUAUCAAAGAGUCACCAUGCAUGUUGGGACUGUUCUUCUUUUUCCUGCUCAUCAUAUUCGCUGCAGAGGUUGCUGCAGGGAUCUGGGGUCUCUCCAACAAGGACCGGGUGGUGGAUGACGUGACAGAGUUUUACAAGGAGACGUAUGCAAACUACCAGUCCACGAAACAAGAAGCACUGAAGGAGACCCUCCGUGUCAUCCACUUUGGACUGGAGUGCUGCGGUCCUACAGGAACAGUGAUUGAUGGCAUCAAAGAUAUCUGCCCCAAGCAGGAGGGUCUGGAGCUCCUCAUCACCAAGAGCUGCCCGAACGCCAUCGAAGAGGUGUUUAACGGCAAGCUGCACAUCCUCGGUGGGGUUGGCAUCGGUAUCGGAGUCAUUGUGAUUUUCGGGAUGAUCUUCAGCAUGAUGCUCUGCUGUGCCAUCAAGAGGUCCAGGGACUAUGUGUAAACUGCGCACACAGACAAUAAAGCCAUCUUCGAAUCGACGUGUUUUUACUUUUCCAGCCUGCUGCUUCGAGCUUAAACCAGUUUAACAGAAUGAGGCUCCCCUCAGUGCUCUGCUUGGAUCCAUACAGGAUGGCCACGACGACCUGUGAGGGUAUGGAGCCACCGCAGUCAUGCCUUUAUCCUCAUUUAAAUGAACAAAAGGAUGUUUUUAGUUUGGUGCCACAUUUAAAUUUGCAGUGCAAAGGGAACAUUUUGAAUGCUACCGCCCAGUACUAGAUGUUAGUAUUUUCCUUUUUUUAUAAUCUCCUCGACCAUUGUAAUAUCCCCUUGAGUUAUGUUUAUAUAAAAUAAAAUGCACUGAAAGUUGAGCUGUGGAGUAACUGUUCUGUUUGCAGCUAAUCGAAUGUUUUACUUUUAAAGCUGCAUGUGGGAGGCUUUUUUUUUUUUU